AUGCCCGAGCGUGGCCCCGAUAGGACAGAUUUAAAGCCUGCGUAUACCCGCCCCCGCGAUGUCCACGACGUUUCGAGAGCCGUGUUGCGCAGCGAGCAGGCGAAGCGGUGGACCAAGCGAUAUCGUACCGAGGUAGCUGCGAGCUCCAGCAGUCUGCUCUCAACCUUCGUUGCGUACCCUCUUGACUCCGUGAAGACGCGCCUGCAAGCCUACCAAUUCAAGUCCUUCACCGAUUGCGUUCUCCAUACAUACAAGACGGAGGGCUUCCACGGCUUCUAUCGGGGCGUUUGGUCACCGCUCGCAAGCAUAACACUCGUGCGGACGGUCUCGUUCUCGAUUUACCAGAGAUCCAAGUAUGCGAUCGAUGACUGGAUGUUCCGAGCCACGGGAAGCUCUCCCCUCGUUAUUGCAAAUACAAAGGAUGCACUUCCUACACUAUCGACGGUCGCGUGCUUUGGACUCUCGGGGGCAACAGCGGGUGCUGCUAUCACGGCUAUCGCUUGUCCGUUUGAGCUGACCAAGCUGAGCGCGCAAAUAUCGGUUUUGAUGGCUGAUCGGAAAGACGGCAGUGGCACCAACGACGCGGUCCGAAAGAGCUAUCAAAAUCUUGGGACGUUCAGGACAGCACAGAAUCUUAUUAGGCAUCGGGGCUUGAUGGGCCUAUAUUCCGGCUUCCAUUUGCAUCUGCUCCGCGACACCAUUGGCACUGGGAUAUAUUUCGUAACGUACGAGAGCGUGAAGCAGAUUUUGGCGAACGCCCGCGGAAGCUCUCCCACAAGUCCCUUGGCUGUCGUCGUUGCCGGCGGCAUGUGUGGGCUUGUCAGCUGGGCUUGUAUCUUCCCGAUAGAUACCGCCAAAAGCAUCUAUCAGCGGAAUUGCCUUGUCGGUGGAAAGGAGAAAGCGGAGAGGCCCAGGAUACACUUUUUCAAUGCGCGGAUGUAUCGCGGCCUUGGUGUUUCAAUGGGCCGUUCAUGUGUCGUGAAUGCUAUUUUCUUUACAGCGUUUGAAUUCACCAAGAAGCGCAUCAAUCGAAUGACGAUCGACGAGGAGCUCCUGCGCGCGCACGGAGCAUGA